AAAACUAACACAAAUCCCCAGAUUUUUUUACUUAUAUUGUUCUGUUUUUAUCAUGGUUACGCGUUUUAAUCGUUCAUCAUUUUUUUUUCUUUUAAACGACGAAAGGUUUGACGAAUCUUCGUCUUAAUCUCCACCUCCACCGGGUCAAUCGUCUCGUUUACUUUUCUACGGUCUUCUCUUCUACACAGAGAGAGAGAGAGUCUCCCCGAUUUAACUUUUGAUAAAUCAGCAAGCAAUAAUGGCUGGAGAGAUUAUUAUUACACAGAAGAAGACAAAUCAUUACUCUUAAAUACCCCAAGUCGCAGAAGCGUUUCUUUUUUUAAUUUGUGUGUUUGUUCCAGAAGCAGAGAGGGUUCGAGAAGCAAUUAAAAAGGUUGUUCCUUUUUUGUUAUCUGAUUAGGUGAGAUUUUAAUGCUUAAAAGUGUUCUAGAUUCGUUGAAUUUUUAAGGGGGUUUAUGGUUUUAACGCUUCUUAGAAGCUUUUGUUUGAUUGGCUUCAUUGAGAAAAACAGUGUUGAGCUGAGGUGAGAGUUUUGGGGUUUCUCAUUUUGGAGGGAAUCUUAUCCAAUUUUGAUCGAAGCUAGUGAAUGAAUAGUAACUUCUUUUAACUCUAGUUUUCUGGGUAUACUGAAGUUAUUGGCUUGAAAGCUUUCAUCUUUGCUUCUUGAAGCUUAUACUUUGUUAUAAAAGAGUCUCUCUUGCUCUGCUUUUUUGUUGUUGUUGUGGCAGUAGAUUGAUUGAAUCAAAGGAGUUGAUAGUUGUGGUUUUUAGAAAGAUUUGAAAGUGUUUUAGAGAUGGAUGAUAAUAAUCAUGGAGGUUCAUCAAGCUCACUCCCACCUUUUCUUACCAAAACAUAUGAGAUGGUUGAUGAUUCUUCAUCUGAUUCGAUUGUCUCGUGGAGUCAGAGCAACAAGAGUUUCAUCGUUUGGAAUCCGCCCGAGUUUUCUAGAGAUCUUCUUCCGAGAUUCUUUAAACACAAUAACUUCUCAAGCUUCAUCCGUCAACUUAACACAUAUGGUUUUAGAAAAGCUGAUCCUGAGCAGUGGGAAUUUGCAAAUGAUGAUUUUGUGAGAGGUCAACCUCAUCUUAUGAAGAACAUUCAUAGACGCAAACCUGUUCAUAGCCACUCUUUACCGAAUCUUCAAGCUCAGCAAAACCCCUUGACUGAUGCAGAACGUUUGAGAAUGAAGAAUCAGAUCGAGAGAUUGACAAAAGAGAAAGAAGGAUUGCUUGAAGAGUUACAGAAACAAGAUGAGGAACGUGAAGGGUUUGAGAUGCAAGUUAAAGAACUUAAAGAACGGUUACAACACAUGGAGAAGCGUCAGAAAACAAUGGUUUCGUUUGUUUCUCAAGUAUUGGAAAAACCAGGGCUUGCUUUGAACCUCUCACCGUGUGUCCCCGAACCAAACGAGAGGAAAAGAAGGUUUCCUACGAUCGGGUUCUUGCCCGAUGAACCGAUGCUGGAAGAGAACCAAACAUGUGUUGUUGUGAGAGAGGAAGGCUCUACAAGCCCGUCUUCACAUUCAACAGAACAUCAAGUAGAACAGUUAGGGUCAUCAAUAGCGAUUUGGGAGAAUCUUGUAUCGGAUUCUUGUGAGAGUAUGUUACAAUCAAGAAGCAUGACGACACUUGAUAUGGAUGACUCAUCUACUUGUCCAGAAAGCCCUCCUCUCUCUUGCAUACAGCUAAGUAUCGAAACACGUCCCAAAUCUCCACUUUCUCCAAGGAUCAUCGACAUGAACUCUGAGCCUGAUGUUUCGAAAGAACAGAACAGUACUGUUGCUGCUGCUCCUCCUCCUCCUCCUCCUCCAGUAGCAGGAGCCAAUGAUGUCUUCUGGCAGCAGUUUUUCUCAGAGAAUCCUGGCUCAACCGAGCAACGGGAAGUUCAAUCAGAGAGCAAAGACGAUAAAGAUAGAGCCGAAGAUCCUAGUGAGAAAUUGUGGUGGAAUUCGAGGAAUGUAAAUACAAUUACAGAACAGCUUGGACAUCUGACUUCUUCAGAGAGAAGUUGAUAAGUCUGUUUUAGUUUCUUGUAAAAUAGGUUUUGGCAGUAUUUGGGUCUUGUCUAGUUCAGCUGUUUAUAUCACACAGGUAUGUUCUUUCACAGUUCAUUGUAGCAGACUACACUAUGUAACAUUAAACUUGCGAGACUAGGAGCUUAACCGAAAAAACUUAUUGAUGGAUUCAAGAAGACGUAGUUGUGCUUCUUUUAACUUUCAGUUA